AUGCGGCUGCAGUGCGAGGUGGAGGUGCUCAGCCGGCUCCUGCCCACCUGCGGGCUGCGGGGCCGCGGCCGAGCGGCGCGGGCGCUGGUGUCGCUGGGGCGGCCGCCCGGCGCUGCCGGUGCCGGGAUUUACCUCAUGGUGUGCACGGCGCGGGACCGCGGCGGGGCUCGGUACAAGGUGCAGCAGAACGUGGAGCGGCUCUUCACGCGCUUCGUGGAGGAGGGAAAGGCCACGGUGCGGCUGCGGGAGCCCGCGGUGGAUCUGUGCCUCAGCAAGGCAAAUGUGAUCAGUUUAAAGACUUUCCUUUCAGCCGUGAGACUGGCUCACCACGGCAACGACACCGGCGUCCUCCCUCUCUCACCUCUGGUCCCAGCAAAGAACUCCGACGUGGAGAAGCCCAAAACCAAAAUGAUCAUCACAUCCAGGAGGGAUUAUCCCCUCACCAAGAGCUUCCCUUUCUCCCUGGAGCACCUGCAGACCUCCUACUGCAAGCUGGCCAGGAUCGACGCCAGGGUGCUGUGCCUGAAGAAGCUCCGCAAGCUGGACCUGAGCCACAACCACAUCAAGCAGCUGCCGGCCACGCUGGGGGACCUGGUGUGCCUGCAGGAGCUCGACCUGCACGACAACCACCUGGAGGCCUUCAGCGGGGCCCUGUGCAGCUCCGGCCUGCAGAAAUCCCUGCAGUUCCUGGACCUGAGCCAGAACCAGAUCCAGGCGCUGCCCAUUGAGUUCUGCCAGCUGCGGGGCCUGGUGCAGCUGCGGCUGGACGACAACGCCCUGCUGCGCCUGCCCUGCAGGAUCGGGCAGCUGAGCCGCCUGCGCUUCCUGUCGGCGGCGCGCAACAAGCUGCCCUUCCUGCCCUGUGACUUCAGGAAGCUCUCCCUGGAGAACCUGGAUCUCUUCGGCAAUCCUUUCGAGCAGCCCAACCCGCUGGUUCCCAACAUCCAGCUGAAAAUCCCGUCGACUCUGCUGGAGUGUGCCGCCAGGGCCACCGUCAACCACAGAAUCCCCUACGGCCGCCACCUCCUCCCUUCCCACCUGUGCAAGGAUCUGGAAGUGGCCAAGACGUGCCGGUGCGGGAGCGCCUGCCUGAGCAGCUUCAUCCAGAUCACGGUGACCAUGAACCUGCACCACGUGGCGCACACCGUGGUGCUGGUGGACAACAUGGGCGGCACCGACGCUCCCGUCCUCUGCUACUUCUGCUCCCUGGACUGCUACUCCCAGUUCCUGGACAGGCACCUCCAGAGCCACGGGUGACGCGAGGACGGAGGAGCCCGCGGGAGUUUGGUUUGCCGGCGUUCCCCGCCGCGGCGAAUCCCUCUGCCAGCGCGGGGAGCAGCCUGAGCCGGCCCGGCUCUUCUCCCCCGCCGGAAUCUCCUCUGGAACGCGAACGUCGAGCCGGAGAGAACCUUCCUUAGAAUGUAUUUCCCUUCUCCCGUUCCCGGGGCUUUGCUCGGAGUUCUCUGUGCUUUGUGGGGGGAAGUGGUUCCUUCUCGGAAGUGAAUUUAUCCCAGAUUUACCCACGGGGAGGCUCUGGGCUCUGCCCAUGGGCAAGGACUGCACUCCGCUCUUCCCAGUGGAGGAGAAAUCGCAUCCAGACCGGUUACGGAAUUCCAGGUGCUUCUUUUUUUAAAGGUUCUGUUACAACAUUCCCACUUGGAGCAGGGACCAGCAUUGCUGGGUUUUUAGCAGAGCAAAUGGGGUUUUUUUGGGGGGGGGUUUCUCUCUUUGUGAUACCAGUAAUGUCUUUUUUCCUAAACACGUGCCUGAAACUUCGUUUCUUAAAUCCUCCCGUUUCAACCAUUCUUGAAUUUGUUUCACUGUGUUGACUUAAUAAAUUUUGAAACCCUUCCA